AUGGAAGAGGAUUCCAGCAACAAGGAGUCCAGCUAUGGUCCAAUACCGUGGAACUAUCUGUGGAAUAACUACUUCCACUUGGCGGUGGCGUUCAUUACCCAGGAGUCUUUGCAGCUGCAACACUUCUCGCCCACAAAGAGGAACAAGACCCUCGCCAAAUACGGAGACAUGAGGAGACUCAUUGGCUUUGCUAUACGGGACAUUUGGUUCAAACUGGGCAGCCAUAAGAUCUGUUUCAUCCCUGGCAUGGUGGGUCCCAUCCUGGAGAUGACUUUGAUCCCGGAGGAGGAGUUGAGGAGGGCCACCAUCCCUAUUUUCUUUGACAUGAUCACCUGUGAACAUGCACACUCUGGCAAUUUCUACAAGUUCGAGAACGAGAUCAUUCUCAAGUUGGACCACGAGGUGGAAGGUGGAGGCGGAGACGAGCGAUACAUGCAACUACUGGAAACCAUUCUGCUGGACUGUGCCACAGAGAAGCCCAGUUUGAGGCCUCAGGUGCAGCACUUUGUUUCUUUGGUGAAAGGACUCAUCGUUCGUCUCCUUGACUACCGCACCGUGAUGAGGGACGACAGCCGCAACAACCGCAUGAGCUGCACCGUCAACCUUUUGAAUUUCUACAAGGACAUCAACCGAGAAGCAAUGUACAUCAGGUAUCUUUACAAGUUGCGAGACCUUCACCUGGAGGGUGAGAACUACACCGAGGCGGCGUACACACUGCUGCUGCACUCCCGCCUGCUCAAGUGGUCCGAUGACAUGUGCAGCCCCCAGUUUGAGUUCCACGGCUCCCAGACGCAGCGGCAGCUGAAAGAAACGCUCUACGACACCAUCAUCGACUACUUCGACAUGGGGAAGAUGUGGGAAGAAUCCAUUACUCUGUGCAAGGAACUCGCUGACCAGUACGAGAACGAGAUCUUUGACUACGAGCUACUCAGCAAGAGACUGGAGAAACAAGCAAAGUUCUACGAGAACAUAAUGAAGAUACUGAGGCCCAAGCCGGACUACUUUGCAGUUGGAUACUACGGGCAGGGCUACCCUCCAUUUCUCAGGAACAAGGUGUUCAUCCACCGAGGUAAAGAGUACGAGCGCAGAGAGGACUUCCAGAACCAUCUCAUGAGUCAGUUCCCCAGCGCUGUGCGCCUCAACACCACCACCAUGCCGGGGGACGACAUCUGGAACUCUCCCCUGCAGUAUAUUCAGUGCUUCACCGUGCAGCCCGUGCUGGAGAUCCCUCCCCGCCUGAAGAACAAACCCGUCCCGGACCAGAUCAUCAACUUCUACAAGUCCAACUACGUGCAGCGGUUCCGCUAUUCCAGACCCGUGAGGAAAGGACCUGUGGACCCGAACAACGAGUUUGCUUCUAUGUGGAUCGAGCGCACAACCUUCACCACCGUCUAUAAGUUGCCGGGCAUCCUGCGCUGGUUCGAGGCCAUUGACAUGCAACAUACCACCUUGUCCCCGUUGGAGAACGCCAUAGAAACCAUGGAGUCCACCAACGAGAAGAUCCUCGCUAUGAUCAACCAGUAUCAGGCCGACUGGAGUCUGCCCAUCAACCCUCUCUCUAUGCUGCUCAACGGCAUCGUGGACCCGGCCGUCAUGGGCGGCUUCGCCAAAUACGAGAAGGCUUUCUUCACAGAAGAGUAUGCUGAGCAGCACACGGAGGACAAAGACAAGCUGCUGCGUUUAAAAGACCUCAUCGCGUGGCAGAUGCCGUUGCUUGGCGGAGGUAUCGCUCUCCAUGGGAAGAGAGUGACCGAUGACCUGCGUCCUUUCCACGAGCGCAUGGAGGAAUGUUUCAAAGAGCUGAGGAAGAAAGUGGAGAAGGAAUAUGGAGUGAGAGAGCUGUUGGACCUGGAUGACAGGAAGUCUAAUCGUCCUUGUUCUAUGCUGAGAUCUGUUCGCCAGUCCAUUAUCUCCAUUUCCUCACUGCAGGGCUCGGACUGUGGAACUCCAACAACACUCUCUGUGGACAGAGACUUCCCUCCCGAGUGGUCUUUGGGCAGCACUUUGCCGCGCUCCAGCGGCAGCAUCAGCACGGUGGACGAGGACGUCGUGACGGUGGGCGACUCUGAGGUGAAACUGAGGAAGAGCAAGAAGAAGAAGAAGAGGAGCAGCAUGAUCUUCAUCACGGAGGAGAAGGAGCACACCAACACUCUGGACUACAAACGGCUGUCAAAGAAGCAGGAGUUCCGCAGUGAAACCAACUUGUCGGAUCCAAAUAGUGGAAAUGUGACUUUGAGCUCGGCCAACUCCAGGUCUCUGCCGGCCAUUACAGGUUUGUCUCUGGCGGUGGUGAGCGCAGCAGAGGAAGUAGACGUGUCUGCUGCAGCCAGGAGAGACAGCAAGUCUCUCUCCAUCACCUCAGACCGCACUGCAGAUAGACGCUCCAAAGGAGUCAUCGGACUCUUCUUCAAAUCCAAGAGUUCCAAGUGUGAGGAUGUGAUGAGCAGCGAUGCAAGCAAAGACCACGUCAAUCAUUUCUGACAGCCAUUAUUUGUUUUUUUAUUUCUCCGUGCAUCACCCGGGAGUUUGAAUGCACUCUUGCUGGAUGUCUUCAAUAAUUCAAUGUGGCUGUCGGUGCAAUGACCUUUACUCGCCUCUUUAGCUAAAUGCCAUCUUGGAGCUCUCCCAUCCGUUUGCUUGAAAAGCCGCACUGGCUCGACUCCAUGAUUACAAUGUUACACACUUUAUUGUGCCAAUAAUGACUUGUUUGCCGUGUCUCCCCAAAGUGACUUGAAACAAAAAUGUCGUUAUUGGCACAGCGAGAUAAAACAGAAUUGAAUAGGAAUUAAAAUAUGGAGAGGAACAAAAAUGUAUUCACAAUAAAGAGGAAAAUGCAAAUGACUUGAAUAAAUCUGAUAACAGUGCACUAAUAAUUAUUUUA